UGAAGAGUUAAUUUCGUUACAAACAACUCGUGGUAGCAUGUACAGUUCACCUAACCUUGUAAAAUAACCUUAAUUAUGAUUUCAAAAUCAACAUUUAGUAUAGCAGCAGCGGGAGCUGGUCUCUGCUUCCUUGGCUAUUGCAUUUAUUUUGAUCAUAAGAGAAGAAGUGAUCCUAAGUUUAAACAAAAAUUGCGGGAAAAACGCAAGAAGGCCAGAACAGAAAAGUCAACAAAAUCUUCAACACCGUUUCCUGAUUUGAGUAAUCCAGAAGCAAUGCAAAAGUUCUUUUUGCAAGAAGUACAGCAAGGGGAAGAACUCUUGGCAACAGGAGACAUUGAAGGUGGUGUAGAGCACCUCAGCAAUGCUGUUGCUGUGUGUGGACAGCCGCAGCAGCUUCUACAAGUUCUACAGCAGACGUUACCCCCACAAGUGUUUCAGCUGCUUAUACAGAAACUUCCGUCAGUCAGCCAGAGACUAGUUGGAUCAGCAGCACAAUCAAUGCCAACAUCUGCCGGCCUUGCUGAGGAUGACAUAGAAUAGUUCUACCAAAGUCACUGUUUAUAAACAGUGGGUUCGGGGGUUGUUUUUUUUUGGGGGGGGGGGGUGUAUUUCAUUUCGAAACCAUCUUGAUUUACAUAAGUUUUAAUAUAUUUUAAAUAAACAUCAUCCAUUUCAUUCAAAAGUCGAGCAUUUACUAGUGGAUCAGAAAUGGGACUUCAUCAGUAUGCUUUAUGUGCUAAAAGUAUGUCAGUAAUGUUUAUGAAUAAAAUAAUAUUAUUGCUGUGGCAUUCGUUAUUCAUGAUGAACAAGUGAACCUCUUUUAGAAUGGCGUCAUUUAAAGUAUUUGUUAUGUUGACACUCACUUGUCUUAUUAAAUAUGUUUCCACUGCA